AUGAAACAAACUAAGUUACUUAUGAUGGGACAAACAGGUCACGGUAAAAGUUCACUUGGUAAUUUUAUACUUAAAAAGAAUGUGUUUAGUGUUAGCGCUAAUCCUGAUUCUCAAACAAAUGAAACAAAAGGAUGUUACGGAAUAAGUGAUAGAAGUGAUAUAUUUGUUAUUGACACUCCUGGUUUUAACGAUUCCAAAGGUCAAGAAAGUCAAAGAGAAUAUAUGAAUCAAAUGGUAGAUUAUAUUAAAAAAGAAGGAGAAGGAUUAAAAGGUAUUGUUGUUGUAUUACCUUUUCAUGAGGAUAAAUUUUCAGAGGUUAUUCAAAUAAUGAUUAGAAUAAUAGCUAAUACCUUCCCAAUUAUUGGCUUUUGGAAACAUGUUUGUGUAGUAUGGACAAAGUGCAUGUGUUUUUACCCUCAAGCUGUGUUAGAAGAAUCUAUUCAUAUUAAACAAUCAUAUUAUAAUGCAAAAAUGAUGGAUUAUAUUAACCAAAAAACAGGAAGUGAACAUAUAACUUUCCCAAUGUUUUUUGUAGACUCAAACCCAUGUACAGGACAAGAUAACUCUAGGUCAGAGAAUGAAAUUGAAUCCCUUUUAAAUUGGGCAAGAAAAUUAUCACCGAUUGAUGUUAACAAAGUUGAAAAGAGGGACAUUGUCUAUGAAUCUGUUAUUCUAGAAGAGGAAGAUCAAGAAAUAGUUAUAAGUAAAACAGAAAAAGAAUUAACAACUCAAAUCAACCACUUGGUAAGAGAGAAGAGAUUUCGUUACGAUGAAGAUGAACCAAGUUAUUCAAAUUGGGAAACUGUUAGUUCUACAACCAAAGUCAAAGAGUUCCCAAAACAAGUCACAGAAUAUAUUUACAGAGAUCCACCAAAAGAGGAAAAGAACAAAGAAAAUAAAGAAUUUGAAGAUACCAUGACUGGUUUAGGUGCUGCAAUUGUUAUUGGUGGUUGUAUUGUCAAAGGCAUAAUUGACAAUAACAGAAGAAAAAAAAAGUGGUCAAAUUAA